UUGAGUAGGUUGGCAGGGCUGGUUGCGUGCAAGCAGAACAACGGCGACGGCGACUAUUAAUUGAUUAAAUAUAAAUUGCAACUAAAAUUAAGCAAACAUUCAAAGGCAUCAAACUAGCUAAAUUAAAUGUUAAAUGGCAUAUUCUGCUGUAUAGUGUCAUAUUAGUUAACUAAACACACGCACAAUAAUGGCAACGAACGAGGAGGAGCAAACGAAAACGAAAACUACAAAUUCAUUCUAAGCCACUAUUUGUCGCUGCUUUAAACCAGUGUGUCCACAACAAAAGCGCAGAAAUAAAAACAAUUGCAAACAAAUUAAUAAUUAAAUUUAAAACACAAGCAAAGUGCCAUGUAAGGAUAAACAAAACAAGGAGUAUAAGCAGAGAUAAAUAUAUACAUAUAUAUAUAUAAAUAUGUUUCAACGGCUGCACAACACUGUCGCCGCUGCAGGCACAACAACAACAACAACGGAGGCAGCGGCGUCAACGGCGACAGCGACUGCGACUGCAGGAGGAGGCAGCGGAAAUGGAGGAAGUGCAGCUUUAAGUGAUCUCUAUUUGCGUCCAUUGCCUUAUUUGGAUGUUAAAUGGUUGCGUGCCGAUCUCAUUGGAUGUUUGCGCAAUUCCAGCAAUUCCGCCGUCUUGUGGAAUCAUUUAAUACAGGAUUGUGAGCUGGUUUCCUCCUCAACGGCGCCUUUAAUCAAUGCACAGGGACAAUUAUCCUAUUUGGGCGAUGAUGGCAAGCAUUAUUGUGGUUAUCAGCAACUAAAUUGCGCCUGUUGUCAACCGGAUUAUUGUGGUCCACUCUCCGCAUGCAAUUGCGACGCAUGUCGUCCCCUUGACUCCGAUACGGCCAUCAAGCGCCUGACGUCGCAGUCGGCGCAGCAGCAGCAGCAGCAACAACAUCAGCAGACAGAACUGUUGCUCAACAGUUGGCUGUGGUCGGAACCGCCCAAACAAAGCGCCAAAUUCGAUUGCCAGCGUUCUUUAAUCGGGGAACUACAUGAAUUGUCGCUGCGAGCAGCGGGAAAUUCGCUGUCGGCGCAGCAGCUGCGCAUGCAGCUUUUCAUCUACGAACGUUAUUUUGUUGCGCUGCGGCGCAGUCAGCAAUCGCUGUCAGCAGCGGGCAGUGGCAGUGCGGCGACUGCGCAGUCGCAGCAGCUGGACGAGAGCGGCAGCAUUGAAAGCAAGCAGCAGGAGCAGCAACAACAACAACAGCAGCACCUGGGAGUGGGGGAGAAGCAGGUGGUGAAGCUGGAGCCCUCGCCGUCGCCCUCGGAGCACGCAGCCCUUGGAUUGGCACGGGUCGGAACCCGAGCCGCAUUGAACUUUAGCUUUGCAUUCCUGCGUCGAGCUUGGCGUUCCGGCGAGGAUACGGAAAUGUGCAGCGAACUGUUGAGCGAGGCACUCGAAUCGCUGCAGGAGCUGCCGGCGGCGACGCUCUUCGAUGCCCAGGCGGGUGUCACAGAGGUGUCACCACUGUGGCUGGAGGUGAUGGAGCGUUCCAUUAAAUUCCUGCGACUUGUUGCUCUCGGGGAUCCAAUGGGCGGACGUUGUCUGGCGCCCUUGCAGGACAGACAUACAGCGCUGUGUCUGCUGCUGGAGUUGGGUGUACAAAAAGGCAGCUUGGCGGCGACACUGGAAUGUGUGGUGCUGCUGUUGUUGUUGUGGGAGAAGGAUAACGAUGGACAUGGCAAUGUCAAUGGCGAUAAUCGUGAUGUGCCGCGGAAGACGGGUGCUCCUCUAUUGCGCAUACUGCAGCGGUAUCAGGGAUUGGGCGGCGAGUCCUCUCACAGUCAGGCUGGAGCCGGAGGCAUAGGAGCAGGAGCUGGAGGAGCUUUAGCGGAGGCGAGUGCCACCGAAACUUUUUUGCGUUUCCUUAUGCUGCCCAAGAGCAGCUCGGCCAUUGUGGAUUUGCGUCGUGCUGCCGUUGUUAUCAUCUCACAUCUGGAUCGUCUUAUCCAGCCGCAUUUGCCAAGCUGCCUUUGGCGUCCUAAAAGCACCGCAACCGGAGCAAUCUCCUCCUGCCUGGAGCAGCAACGUGUCUAUGCCUUGGGUUGGCCCACACUCACCAAGGAGCAACAGGGCUUCAAUGUGGAGUCCGCUUUAAGCUGGACAACAACAACAUCAACAACAACUCCUGCUGCUGCUCCUCCUAUAACAGCUCCUCCACUGGCGCUGCUCAGCUGCAAGUUCCAAUUGAAACAGGUCGUCUGCAGCGAGGAUGUCGUCCUGCUGCUCAGCCAGCAGGGUAAACUCUACAAUUGGCACAUUGCCAAACCGGAAGCGGAACCGCAAUUGGUUGACUUUCCGGAAAUUGCCAACGAGACGUUUGUUUCAAUCGCAUCGCAUUGCGAGGGACGACAUUUUCUGGCCAUUGAUAGCAACUGCAACGCCUAUUCCUGGGGAUUGGGCGAGGGUCAUCGUCUGGGACACGGCGACUGUCACGCUCGGGAGGUGCCGACGAAGAUCGAGACACUCGUGAGAUUGGUCAAGUCGGUUUAUUGUGGAUGCAGCUACAGUGCGGCGAUCACGUGUCGCGGGAAUCUCUAUACGUGGGGCCGAGGCAUGUAUCGGGAUGAUCAGUAUUUGCCAGCCCUCGUCAUGGCACUCAAGGAUCAUCAGGUGGUGGAUGUGGCUCUGGGCAGUGGAGAUGUGCAUACGCUCUGCCUCACAGCCGAGGGAUUGGUCUAUGCCUGGGGAGAUGGGGACUAUGGCAAACUGGGAAAUGCCAGUUGCAACAGCAGCUUGCAACCUCAGCUCAUCGAUUGCCUGCCACGUGUGCAACGCGUCUUUGCCGGCUCCCAGUUCUCGUUGGCCUUGACCAACGAGGGUCAACUGUACAGUUGGGGCAAGGCAUCCUGCCUGGGACAUCAGCAGGUGGAGCGCAAUGUCCAGGGAUGCAGUGUGCCCAGACUUAUUACCAGUCUGCAGCACAAAAGGAUUGUGGACGUGGCCGUGGGCGUGGCACAUUGCCUGGCCCUGAGCAGCAGUGGCGAAAUCUUUGGCUGGGGUCGCAACGACAAUCAACAGAUCUGUCCCGCCUCCGUUUGCAGUGAUCCAUUGAUCCGUCAACCCAUUUUGGUGGCACUGCCAACACUACCAGCUAGUGGAAUGGCCUGCACUGCCUCUCAGAGUCUCAUUUGGACGCAGAGCACCCGACAGGGUGUUCCAUUGCGUGCACCAUUUGUGAUUGAUCUCGGCGAGCCAACGUUUCGUCUGCUCGACCAACUCCUCGGCAUGUGCAGCUCCUCCAGUGGCGGUCAAGACAAUCGCCAGACACCGAAUCAGGAAUCCGAAUGCAUUGCCGUCGCCUGUCUCAAUCUGGUCCGUCUCCAACUGUUGGCAUUGAUUGCCAAUGGCGUCGAGCCGCGUCACGUGGGACUCGCCAGCGGUGGCAGACUCCUCAAUAGCCUCAAGACGCGCAUCCUCAGUCUCGCCGGAGGAUCCCAAGUGCUGCGCACUAUUCAAAUUGCCGCUCAACAGGCAUUGCAGGACGGAUGGAGCGUGCUGUUGCCAACGGCAGCGGAGCGUGCACAGACAUUGACGGCACUAUUGCCAUCGGAGCCGGGACAAGCGUGCUCGUCGGGACAUCGUUUCAUGACGGAUCUGCUGGUUAGUUCACUGAUGGCCGAGGGAGGAUUGGAGACGGCGCUGCAGCAUGCGAUACGAAUGGAGAGCAGUUGCUGUUCCACAACGGAUUGCACCGAUGGAGCACAUCUGCCAUUGCUGCAGUUGAUCACACGUCUGCUGGGCAACAAUGCAUCCCUGACACAGAGUCGCCUCUCGCUCACACUGCUGGCCAAGCAGCAGCAUCAGCAGGAGCAACUGAACGAGCAGGAUCAUUCACCACAUCAUUCACACCAACAUCCGCUGUCCAUCAGUCCCAGUUUGUGUUUAUUGCAUCGCUUUCAGCGUCUGCUCCUGGCGCACAUUCAUCAGGCUUCAGCUGGCGAGGAUACGGCUGGAGCGGAAGGCCUGCUCAUCCAAUAUCUGCAUAGCUUGAUACCCGCCUGUGUUAGCACCUUGCAGCAGGCGCAUGAAUUGGCACUGCAAUGUCGUGAUCCCAAUGUGGACACACAUUCCCUGAGUGCACAUCCUCUGGGAGCAGCCUUGAGUCGUGUACUCCAGGCGGACAUCUCGGAUGCACUGCUGCAUGAGCUGCUGGUGGGUCUGGUGCUGCUCAAGCGGGAUAAACCUCAAUCUCUGGCCAAUUUCCGUUGGGCACGUCUCUGUUUGCCGCUGCUCCGUGUCCUGGAUCGGCUCAAUCGUGCGUUGGGCGAGGGCGAACUCCGGGAUGGCGACGACAUGGGCUGGCCGGGCAUUAUCUGUCGCGGCGGACCCAAGGGUGCAGCUGCUCCGCCGCCAACUGCCGAUCCCGAGACGCAUUAUGUGCGUCGUGCCGAUCUCGAUAAUCUCCUGCUCGAUGGCAAUCGUUGCAUCAUCCUUGCCGGCUACGUCUGUGAUCUCUCCAGCUACAGUUGCGAGUCGGAUAACCUGCGGGCAUUGCUGGAACUGAACCUGGGCAAGGAUCUGAGCGUGGAGCUGAGCACGCCAGCACAUCGGAGUGUGAUGGAGCAACUGCUGCAGCAUCACAAGCUGGGCAAAUAUAUGGCCACCCAGGGCGCCAAUGAAGAGAAGGUAGCGACUCCUGCAGCGACGAGGUUAACGCACUUUAGUUCGGAGUGUGUGCUCUCGCAGCUGCUGGGACUUGUGGCGAAUCUCAUGUGCAGUGGACCUGGACUGCAGCCGGCGGAGUUGCAGUGUCGUCAUCUGGACAAGUCCACGCUGCUCAGUGGUGGCCUCUUGCUGCUCCAGCCGAGCAAUCCCUUUGACGAGGAGAAGGGCGAGGCGAGGAGCACGCACAGCACAGCCGGAAAUACUCCCACAGAGGCGCCAUUACCAAUUGCACCCACACGACGUGCCGAAAAUCGUGUGGAUAGCUUCAUUUCUGGCCUGGCUGAGGCGCGUCUCUGCGAUCCCUUGGUGUCCAGCUGGUUAAGCCGCACGGAGCGUUACUGCAAGUCGCAUAAUCUCAUGUGGCAUCAGGAGUUUGCCACCGAGCAUCCGGUGCAGGAGCUGGAGCGUCUCCUCACCGCUGUUCUGUUGCGUCAUCAGUGCCUAGGCGGAUUAGUUCUGUGCUCCUUAGAGCAGACGGAUGCAGGAGGCAGAGGCGGAGGAGAACAGCUGCCCAAGCAGCUGGGCGAGAUUAUACGUGCAGUACAUCAGGCCAAGUGGUCGGUGGUCAGGACACGUCAGCAGCUGAAUCGCAGCUACAAGGAGGUAUGUGCUCCGAUGCUGGAACGUCUGCGCUUUCUGCUGUACGAGGUGCGUCCGGCGAUAAGUGCACAACAGCGCGGAUUGCGUCGAUUGCCAAUACUCCAAAGAUUGCCACGUUUUCGGUUGCUAGUAAGGCGUCUACUACAAGAAAUGAGGGCAGCCAAGCAGCAGGAACCGUUGGCCAAGCCCGAAGAUCUGCUCAAUGCAAGCAUACAACAGCAGCAGCAGCAACAACAACAGCAACAGCAGGAAUUAUUAAUCUAUGAACAGGAGGAGCAACAACAGGAACAGCAGGAGAAGAAACCCAAAGAGGAGCAAACGCAGCAGGAGCUAAAACAAUUGGAUGAACAGCAGGAAACACUUUUGAGGCGUCUCUAUGAGCAACAACAAUUGCAAACGGAACUCGAAUUGGAUGCCAUAUUACUGCAGGAUAUUGUGGACUUUGCCUUGCAGGACAACUGCGAUGUGGAGACAGUGCGUCGUGCCAUGUACUGCCAAAUGCAACGCUACCAGCUGCGUUUGGCGGGCUUGCAACUGGUGCAACAAUUGCUGGAACUGCAGGGCCUGCUGGAUGCCACACAAUAUAGUCUUUUGAGCGGUUAUUUGGGGCUGCAUUUGAAAUCGAUGGCAUCGGGAGCAACGCCACAACAUGUGCUCGGUCAACUGCACAUGAUUAGUGCCUAUCAGAAGACGCACUUGCUCCUGGCACAGUCCAGAGUGUUGGAUUGGGCGGUGCGCGAACUGAGACGUCUGGUGAAUCAGGAGCAACAGAAUCCAAUGCGCGGCAAGGACAGCUGUAAUCUGAGCACUUAUGUGCUGCUCAAGCGUUUGCCACGUGCACGUUUCCUGAUCAGUGUCUUCGGGCUGCUGGCCAAGGAACUGGGUGCCAAUGAGCUGGGACUGUUGAUCAAUUCGGGUCUGCUGGGCACAGUGCUCGGCCUGUUGGCCCAAACGGGCUCGGAGACGGGCAGCAGGCGGAACAGCUGUGAGUUGAGUGUCCUUUACGAGGACAGUGUGCUCAAGCAAAAGUCCAGCAAGGCGCCAUUGAGUGGGCCCGAUCUGGCCAAGCUCAUGAAGAUCGGCACACGCAUUGUCCGCGGCGGCGACUGGAAGUGGGGCGACCAGGACGGUAAUCCUCCCGGCGAGGGACGCAUCAUCAGCGAGGUCGGCGAGGAUGGUUGGGUGCGUGUUGAGUGGUACACGGGUGCCACCAAUUCCUAUCGCAUGGGCAAGGAGGGACAGUACGAUCUUCAGCUGGCGGACAGCGCCUUGAAUGUCGCUUCACCCACAGAACCGGAGCGUGAGGAGUUGGGCACAACGGAGCCACCGCCAAGCAGUGAAUCACAUCCCUCCAAAUUGUUGCGACAUUGUGCCGCCAAAUUGCUGCAGAUUCUGGCCGUGGGUAGCGGACUCCACGGUGCCCAGCUGGACAAGCAUGCUCUACGUGGCGUCACCAGCAUGUUCCGUGCCAUGCUCGAUCCAAAACCCGCCUUGGCCAAUGUUGCCCACUGUCUCGGCUGGUUAAAUCUCGGCUUUAUACGCGCCAUUGCAGGUGACUGUCCACGUCUCUGUCUGGAGCUGAGUGCUCCGAAUUGGCUGGCACACUACUUCAAUCUGUUGGAGCAGCCGGCGGGCAAUGAGAGAGGCGUCUAUCGGCAGCUGCACUGCCUGCGCCUGCUGCAGUGCAUCCUCUGCUCGUGGAGCGUGGAGCAGGAGCCGCGCAUGGGGCAUCUGGUGCGUCAGCUGUUCGCUACGCUGGGCCGGAUUGCACUGCAUUGUCCCGGCGAUGCGACACUGCAGCCGCAGGAGGGCGGCAAGGGGCGUGUCCUGUUGACGGCCUCGCAUUCGGGCAGCGUAGCCGAGGAAUUGGUUGGGCUACUACGUCGUCUGCACACGCUGCCACAUUGGAAUGCGGUCAUCAAUUCGUUUUUGGCCCAGAAACUUUGUGUUGCCGCCGAGUUGCUGCAGGGCGAGUCUUCUCCUCUGCCGCCGCUGGAUGCGGAGCAUGGCUUUGUGCUGGGAGUGCUCAGUGCCAUGGGUGGCUAUGAUCUGCGUCCGCGUGUGGGACUCCAUUGUUUUCACGAGGGCAGUCACAUGAUCAUUGCCAGCUUCACGCACAAGGGACGCUGUCUACUCGCACCCAGUUGUCCUGCAUCCAACUCCGCGACGGGAUUGGUCAAGGUACCGCUGUCGACGGUCUUACCGCAAUUGGAUCACAGUGUGUUCAGUUUGACGCGCCUGCCCAUGAAUGAGAUGCUGCUGAAUGCGUGGACAGUGCUACUCUAUGGUCCCGGCAAUUUCAAUCCCAAUUCGGCCAAUGGCAGCUGGGAGCUGCUGCUCAACUCCAGCACCGAAGGACGCCUCGAUGUACGUCUGUUGCGCAGUCAACAGCUUCAGUUGUCGGUGCUCCACACAAACGGAGUGCUCUACCGUCAUCAGGCGGCCCUACGCAAGAUCCUCAAGCAACGUGCUCCCGCUGGCGGCUACAACAACAUCGAGGGCAACGAGGAGACGGAAACGGAGCCGGAGCCAGACCCAGACCAGGAACAGGAGCAGCACAAUGGAAGCCAGUGCCAACAGGAGCAGCAGCUGCUCAUCCAGUGUCUGCUGCUUAGGGCAACUCAACCGUCUCCGGUGAAGGCGUGUUAUAGCUAUCAGGAUCUGUCGACGGCGGCAUUGAACUGCGUGCAAUCCUUGGCGAGUCAGGCGUAUGAGCAACUGCAUGCAAAUGCCGAGGAUCAGUUGGAGGAGCAGCUGGUGCAGCUGGCGAGUCCAGCACAGCCGACAAUGGUGCAUGGCAUACCCGUUUACAAUAGGGAACGGGAACGGCAACGGGAUCGGGAACGGGUAAGGGAAAGGGAAAGGGAACAGUUGAAACAUCAAGUGACCAGCGAUGCACAAUUGAUUGGCAAGAUUAUGGAAAUGGGUUUCACGCGCGGCACAGUGGAAUUGGCACUGAAACAACUAUCGCUGCAAGCGGAGGCGAUUCCCACUCCCGAGCAGAUUGUCCAAUGGAUAUUGGAGCAUCCGGAUGUGUGUGCCAAUACCAUUGAAGAGGAGGCGAAUCCUGAACCCGAAACCGAAACCGAAACCGAAAAGGAAACAAUGGGAGGCAGUAGCUCCUCCUCCUCAUCCAGCAGCUCAUCCAGCACCUCAUCCAGCAGCUCCAGCUCCAGUUCGGACACCGUUGAGGGUCAAUCCCAAUUGAAGUUUGAGACGCGCAAGGAUUUCCAGACGGCGGAUCACUAUGCGCUGUAUGUGCGGGGAUUGGUGCGUCCGGGAAUGUUGGUGCGUUGCUGUCGCGACUUUGAGGAGAUCAAACAGGGUGACAUGGGCACCGUGCUCAUUGUGGAUACGGAGGGCUUACACGAUCUCAAUGUUCAGGUGGAUUGGCGCAACCAUGGCAGUACCUAUUGGGUGUGCUUUGUCCAUUUGGAACUUGUGGAGGCCUCGACACAAAGUCAACUGUUGUCACGUCCACCGCCGGCGAUAACAGUGGGCGCCAAAGUGAGAUUACGCCAGCAUGGAGCUGGCAAUCGUCUGCUGCGCUUGGGCGGAUCAAGAUCUAUACAAUCGGACUACGGACAGGUGACUGCGAUGCGGGGUAAACAAUUGACCGUGGAAUUUCCGCAUGAAUCCAAUUGGCAGGGACACAUCAAUGAUGUGGAACCGUUUCCCAUGCCCAUGGAACCAAUGCCAACGCAGUUGAAUCCCACUCAAAGUCAGUGCCUGGAUCUCAUUGAGGAUUGGUCGCGUUGCAUCCGAUCCUUGAGUGUUAGCUCCAAUGAGACGGCUGCCAAGCAUCUGUUGGAUGGCAGCGGUCUUGCCUGGCAGAGCUGCUCCAGCGGCGGUCCUUGUCGGCAUUGGAUUCGCUUGGAGCUACACGAUCGCGUGCUCGUCCAUAGUCUGGCCUUGAGGGUCAGUCCGGAGGAUCAUUCGCAUAUGCCGUCGUUGCUGGAGGUGCGGGUGGGCGAGUGUGUGGACAGCCUGAAGGAGUACACCUGGAUACCGGUGGGCUCUGGAGCCAGUCGUGUUGUGCUCAUGCAACAGGCGACCAGCUAUUAUCCCUGGAUCGAGAUUGUCAUCAAGCAGUGCCAGAACAAUGGCAUUCAAUGCAAGGUACAUGGCCUGGAGUUCAUUGGUCGACGUCAGCAGCCGGAUAUACAACAUAUGCUGGCCAACGCGCAGUUCCUCGCCUGUGAAUAUGCAACGGGAGCGGGAACGGUGGCAACUACGGCAGCUGACGGCGGUACCGCCGCUGGAGCAGGUGAAGCCGCUUCAAGCUCCAAGGAUGCGCUGCCGGCGACAGCGGAACAGGAGCUACCCUGCACCGUCAUGGUCUGGGGACUCAACGACAAGGAGCAACUGGGUGGACUCAAGGGCUCCAAGGUCAAGGUGCCCAGUUUCUCGCAGACCAUCAGUCGCCUGCGUCCCAUACACAUUGCCGGCGGCUCCAAGUCCCUGUUCGUGGUGAGUCAGGACGGUAAGGUCUAUGCCUGUGGCGAGGGCACCAAUGGACGUCUCGGCUUGGGUGUAACCCACAAUGUACCACUGCCACAUCAACUGCCAGUGCUGCAUCAGUAUGUGGUAAAGAAGGUAGCGGUGCAUUCAGGCGGAAAACAUGCGCUAGCUCUUACCCUCGACGGAAAGGUCUUCAGUUGGGGCGAGGGCGAGGAUGGCAAGCUGGGACAUGGCAAUCGCACCACAUUGGACAAGCCGCGACUCUUGGAAUCGCUGCGGGCCAAGAAAAUCAGGGACAUUGCCUGCGGCUCAUCGCAUUCGGCGGCCAUAAGCAGCCAGGGGGAGCUCUACACCUGGGGAUUGGGUGAAUACGGUCGUCUGGGACAUGGCGACAAUGCCACACAGCUGAAACCGAAGCUGGUGACGGCACUAAAUGGACGUCGGGUCAUUCAAGUGGCUUGUGGAAGUCGUGAUGCCCAGACUCUGGCCCUAACCGAGGAUGGAGCCGUCUUUAGCUGGGGAGACGGUGACUUUGGCAAGCUGGGACGUGGCGGCAGCGAGGGAUCAGCUACUCCACAUGAGAUCGAACGUCUCUCCGGCAUUGGUGUCAUCCAAAUCGAAUGUGGUGCUCAGUUUAGCUUGGCUCUAACCCGUGCCGGCGAGGUCUGGACCUGGGGCAAGGGUGACUACUACCGGCUGGGACAUGGCGGUGAUCAGCAUGUUCGGAAACCGCAACCCAUUGCGGGCUUACGUGGUCGUCGUGUGAUCCAUGUGGCCGUGGGUGCACUACACUGUCUGGCCGUCACGGAUGCGGGUCAGGUGUACGCCUGGGGUGACAACGAUCACGGCCAGCAGGGUAGCGGCAAUACCUUUGUGAAUAAGAAGCCCGCCUUGGUCAUCGGUCUGGAUGCGGUCUUUGUGAAUCGUGUCGCCUGCGGCAGUUCGCAUUCCAUGGCCUGGGGUCUGCCCAAUGCCACGGCGGAUGAGGAGAAGCGUGGUCCGGUGCCAUUUGGCAGUACACGUGAUCCCUUGGGCGGUAGCAGCCUAGGCAUCUACGAGGCGGAGACACAAAGUGCUCUACAAGAUGGCAAACUGGAUGCCAAGACGUCAGCGGGCGCAACGACAGCCGCGGGAGCAAGUGCAUCCAAUUCGCUGGCCAGUCUUAGCGAGAGCUUGGCCUUGGAGACGCCAGCAGCACGGCAAGCGGCCUUGGGGCAUGUCUUAAGGGCCAUGGGCAUACUCCAAGCCAGGCAAUUGAUUGUGGCGGCUCUGACGAGUCAUAGCAAGGUGAACUACAAGGAGACCUCCGCCAGACAGACGACAGCCGCACAACUGGAGCUGGAGGAGCAGCUGACAAGUGGGCAAGCGGGCACAACAGCAGGCGGAGCAGGUGGAGGAGCUGCUACCACAACAACAACGGCAGCUAUAGCUCAAGGUGGAGGCGAAGCACCUGCUGAUGUCAAUGAUGCGGCCUUGCUGGCCGAGCAACCGAGUCCCGCCGAGACGCUGGAGACACCACUACUGCCGGCCGUGGCUCCGACACCGUUGAGCGCCUUUCAGAGCUUGACGGGAUCGCUGAGCAUGUCGGGCAUGUCGGCGGGCUCGCAUUCCCGCAUGUCCGCCAGUGCCAUGUCCGUAAUGGCGGCCACCAUGACCCAGCAGGAGGAGAUGCUGGCCCAAAUCAGUCAUCCACAUGGCCUCGAUGAUUUUGGUGCCUUGCUGCAGGAGCCGGAGGCGAAGAGUCUCGUGGAGUUGCUCAAACUGGCCGUCUGUGGACGCUGUGGCGCUGCAAGCACGGCCGCAACCAUAGCGGAAACCUUAAUAUCGCUGAGCAGCAAUGCGGGCAUUGCGUCCAUGCUGUUGGAGACUUGCAUCACCGAGCUGGAGGAUCUGUGCACCUCGCGUCAUUGUCUGGGCAAGCUGCCCAAGCCGGUGAUGCAGGAGAGCAGUCAUCCCUAUGUGGACAACAUGAAUGUGAGUGGCACGGUGCGCAUACCAGGUGCCGAGAUGCUACGCAUUGAAUUCGACAGUCAGUGCAGCACGGAGAAGCGCAACGAUCCCUUGGUCAUUAUGGACGCAGCUGGUCAUAUGUUGGCCAUGAGAUCGGGUCGAGAGUUUGCCCACUGGGCUCCGGAGAUACGUGUACUCGGCGAUGAGUUACGCUGGAAAUUCUGCUCGGAUAGCUCGGUCAAUGGCUGGGGCUGGAGAUUCUGGGUGCACGCCAUCAUGCCGGCUUCCACGCUGGGCGAGAGUGGCUCGGAUCGUGCGGUGUUGUCACAGCCAUCGAUGGCUCUGGUGAUGGCCUUGCUGGACUCACGACUGCUCGCGCCGCGUCCCACCCAGGUGUUGCUCCGUCUGGCGGCCGCCUUGGCUUCCUGCGCUCAGCUGGGUGCGCUGAGUACGGCCCAGCGGAUUUGGGCCUUGAAGAAGCUACAUGCGGUAUUGCUGUUGGAGCAGGCACCGCGUCCCCAAGAGCCGGCAUUGUCGGCCAUACUGCUACCGCUCGUACCGGAGCUACUGCGUCAGUAUGAGUACGAGGAACCGCAGGUGCGUGGCGGCAUACACCUGAUGCACUCGGAUUACUUCAAGACCUUGGCGGCUCUGGCCUGCGACAUGCAAUUGGAUGCGAGCUUAAGUGCCAGCAGUUGCUCCGCCAGCGCCUCUUCCUCCUCGUCGUCGUCGGGGGAUGUGCACAAGUGGGCGUGGUUCAAGCGGUAUUGCAUAGCCGUUAGGGUGGCCCAAUCCCUGAUACGACGCACCGAGUUGCCACGUCAAUUUUGCCUGGAGGUGCGCAAGAAAUUUGCUGAAAUGCUGCCGGCUCCAGCUGCCGCAGCCAUCGGAGCAACUGCAUCUGCAUCUGUCACCUGCGCUGGCUGUCAAUCUCCGGCGGCAUCUCUGAUCAAUUCGACCAACUCACUCACUUCGAGCACGGCGAGCAAUGUCUCUCUGACGGAGCCACAACAGGGACUGGGACUGGGACUAGGACUGGGAGUGGGACAGGAACUGCAGCUGGAGGUGGUGCAUUCGAAGGAACCGCUGCCGUUGCUGCUGCACGAGGAUCAUCAGCUCUUUCAGGCACCCCACGAUGCCCAGCUGCUGCAGUGGCUCAAUCGACGUCCCGACGAUUGGGCCUUGAGCUGGGGCGGCGCUAGUACCAUCUACGGUUGGGGUCACAAUCAUCGCGGCCAGCUCGGCGGCCUCGAGGGCAGUCGGAUUAAGACGCCCACACCGUGUGAGGCGCUGAGUCUGCUGCGUCCCGUGCAGCUGGCGGGUGGAGAACAAUCCCUGUUUGCGGUCACACCCGAUGGCAAGCUAUUUGCCACCGGCUAUGGCUCUGGCGGACGUCUGGGCGUGGGUGGCAGUGAUUCGUGGGCGAUACCCACGCUACUGGGCUCACUGCAGCAUGUGUUUGUCAAGAAGGUGGCGGUGAAUUCCGGUGGCAAGCAUUGUCUGGCCCUAACCACGGACGGCGAGGUCUAUGCCUGGGGUGAGGGCGAGGAUGGCAAGCUGGGGCACGGGAAUCGCAUGAGCUACGAUCGUCCCAAGCUCUUGGAGCAUCUCAAUGGCAUGAGUGUGGCGGAUAUAGCUUGUGGUAGUGCUCAUUCCGCCGCGAUUACGGCCAGUGGACACGUCUUGACCUGGGGCAAGGGUCGCUACGGUCGUCUGGGACAUGGUGACUCGGAGGAUCAACUGCGUCCGAAGCUGGUGGAAGCCCUGCUGGGCUACAGAGCCAUCGACAUUGCUUGUGGCUCCGGAGAUGCCCAGACCUUGUGCAUUACGGAUGAUGAUAACGUGUGGAGCUGGGGAGAUGGCGAUUACGGCAAGCUGGGACGUGGUGGCAGCGAUGGCUGCAAGCUACCCUACAAAAUUGAGAGUCUAGCCGGCCUGGGUGUCAUCAAGGUGGAAUGCGGCUCACAGUUUUCGGUGGCAUUGACCAAAUCCGGUGCGGUUUACACCUGGGGUAAGGGAGACUUCCAUCGUCUGGGACACGGCUCCGUGGAUCAUGUGCGGCGACCCAAGAAGGUGGCCGCCUUGCAGGGCAAGAAGAUCAUCUCGAUAGCGACGGGCUCGCUGCACUGCGUCGCCUGUAGCGAUGCCGGCGAGGUGUACACCUGGGGCGACAACGAUGAGGGACAACUGGGCGACGGCACUGUGACGGCCAUACAGCGGCCACGCCUCGUUGCCGCCCUCCAGGGCAAGCAUAUUGUGAAGGUCACCUGCGGAUCGGCCCACACGCUGGCCUUGUCCACCUCCCAGCUCAGUGAGCGACUGCGUCCGUUGCCCAAUCCGCCGCUGGAGUAUGAUCUGGUGCGGGACCUGUCGCCGGAGGCAUUGCACGCCCGUUUAAUACUGCUCCAUCACUUUUCGGAGCUACUGUGUCCCUGUCUGGCCAUGUUGCCCAUUGCCGGCGAUUUGAGUCUAGGCGCGCUCAAGGACGUGCUGGUCUACAACAUCAAGGAGGCCGCCUUCCGUAAGGUCAUACAAACGACAAUGGUGCGGGAUAAGCAGCAUGGUCCGGUCAUCGAACUCAAUCGGAUUCAGGUGAAGCGUUCCAGGAGUCGGUGUAAUGGUCUCGCCGGCAUCGAUGGCAUGAAGAGCGUAUUUGGCCAAAUGGUGCAGAAGCUGCCGCUGCUCACCCAGGAGGCACUGGCUCUGCCGCAUCGCGUCUGGAAGGUCAAGUUCGUGGGCGAGAGUGUCGAUGAUUGUGGCGGUGGUUACAGCGAAUCCAUUGCCGAGAUGUGCGACGAACUGCAGAACGGAAGUGUACCGCUGCUCAUCAGCACGCCCAAUGGGCGUGGCGAGGCGGGCGCCAAUCGGGAUUGCUUCCUGCUCGAUCCCACACUCACCUCGGUGCUCCAGAUGAACAUGUUCCGCUUCCUCGGCGUCCUCAUGGGCAUUGCCGUGCGCACGGGCUCACCUCUAAGUCUCAACUUGGCGGAGCCAGUGUGGCGUCAGUUGACCGGAGAGCCACUGCGUCCCACGGAUCUUACGGAGGUGGAUCGCGAUUAUGUCGCUGGUCUGCUCUGCAUUCGCAACAUGGACGACGAUGCGAAGCUCUUCAAUACAUUGGAGCUGCCAUUUUCGACUUCCUCGGCACGUGGUCAUGAGGUGCCGCUGUCCACGAGAUACACACACAUCUCGCCCAGAAAUCGGGCGGAAUACGUGCGUCUGGCCCUCGGUUUCCGUCUGCACGAGUUCGAUGAGCAGGUGAAGGCUGUGAGGGAUGGCAUGUCCAAGGUGAUACCGGUUCCGCUGCUCUCGCUCUUCUCCGCCGCCGAGCUGCAGGCCAUGGUCUGCGGAUCCCCGGACAUUCCCCUGGGACUGCUCAAGUCGGUGGCCACCUACAAAGGUUUCGAUCCGAGCUCCGCCCUUGUCGGCUGGUUCUGGGAGGUCAUGGAGGAGUUUACCAACCAGGAGCGUUCGCUGUUCCUGCGCUUUGUCUGGGGAAGGACGCGAUUGCCGAGGACUAUCGCCGAUUUUCGGGGACGUGACUUUGUGCUGCAGGUGCUCGAGAAGAAUCCGCCGGAUCACUUUCUGCCCGAGAGCUACACAUGCUUCUUUCUGCUGAAAAUGCCUCGCUACUCCUGCAAGGCUGUACUGCUGGAGAAACUCAAGUAUGCGAUACAUUUUUGCAAAAGUAUCGAUACCGAUGAAUAUGCUCGUGUGGCGAUGGGCGAACCCACCGAGGCAACUGGCAGCGAGGAUAACAGUGAUCUGGAGUCGGUUGCCAGUCACGAUGGCUAAAUGUCUAAACUAUCGAUGCGCAAUUACGUAAAACGAUAAAUCGAUUUGAGAUAAUAAUGAUGAUAUAAAUACCUUUGAUAUUAAGGAAAAAGCUGUUGCUGCUUUUUCUGCUACUGCUUAGCAUUAAACACACACACACACAUUAGAUUAGCUGAUUAAUCGAUAAGUCGAUAAAUCGAUAACUUGAUCAAUCGAUAACCGUUGCAAUUAGCACACACAACUUAGCCAGAAAAAAACCCACACGAAAAAGACAGAAACGAAAGAAAGAGACGGUGAUAGAGUGAUAGAGCGAUAGAGAGAGAGAGAGAGAGAGAGAACGAUGAGAGAAUAUAAAGUAGAUAAGUUAAAGCCGCAACCAAAAAGCAAAAGAAUACGUUAAAUGUUAUUUCCAUAUUGCAUAAAUGUUAGUUAAAAAUGUCCACACUCAUAAAUUAAACAUAAACAUAUAUAUAUAUACAUAUAUAUAUAUUAUUUAUCGAUAAACAUAACAUAUGCUUGCAGAAGACAUAGCUUACCUAUUUGGUGAAUGGGCAAGGGAAGAAGAAGAAGCAGAAGCAGAUAAAAGAAGAAAGAUAAAGAAAUGUUCUCACCAGCCUGAUGCAGUUGAUAAGAUAUUAAUUGAUAUUACAUAUUGUUUAUGAUCAAGAUGAAAUCUCAAGAAAAACCCAAAAAUUCCUACAACUAACGAUAAACUAUAUAAUAUGCUAAUGAUGAUCAAUUCUAGUUACGUGUUUUGAGGCAAAACUGAAACUGAAACUACACAAAAAUAAA